AAUUAUUUAGCGCUAGACUUUAGAUGUAAACAAAAAACACUAGACUACAACUAGAUAGAGAUUAGUCUCUAUAUUACUCUAAAAUUCUAGAUUACUAUUACUCAUAUAGAUCUACAAAAGAAUCCAGAUACGAGAUCUAGACCUAUAUUCUAUAUCUCAGCAGAAAGAAUGAUUUAUGCAACAACAUUAGAUGGUUUUACUAGACAAGAAAAUGAUACCAACAGUAAUGAAAUCUCCAAGCUCCUGAGAUCUCAAUGCUGUGUUGAAGUUGAUAAUAAGUAUAUUGUCAAAGAACGCAGUUUUAGCCGCCAAUAUGCUCAUCUGUAUGCUGAAAGAUUAAUGACAAUGAGGAAACAUCUAUCAAAAGCAGCAAUUAACAAGUGGGGGACUGCUUAUCCUCAAAAGAAACUUCACAAUUUAGUUAGUGAUGAGAAAUGUAUUAUAAUUGGCACUCUGUUCAAACACAUGGAGCUACAGCCUAGUAUAUUAAAGGAAAUCAGUGAAGAGCAUAAUUUGCUUCCCCAACCAAUCAAAAGCCGUUAUACUGACUCCAAUGACAAAUUAAUCAUUGAGGAUGAAUUGCAAAGAAUAACUUUGAUUGGUAAACUCAGUUGCCAUGAUUUUGUCACAGGUAUAGUUAUCGCUGUCCUAGGAAUGGAGCCAGAAGAUAAAAAAGGAAAGUUCUAUGUUGAAGAUUAUUGCUACCAAGAUCUACCUGCACAAAUCUCAAGACCUAUCAUGGAUGUUGAUAAGUUCAUAGUAUUUGUCAGUGGCUUCCAACUGGGUGGAUUGGAUGAAAGAGUUUUUCUCAUGCAAAUGUUUGCUGACCUGGUGAGUGGUCAGCUGGGAGAGUUUGAACAACAGCAGGCAUCCUCACACAUCUGUCAUGUGGUCAUCGCUGGGAAUAGUCUUAGUAGGUCAACUCAAGACAAAGACGCAGUGACCAAAGCCAAGUAUCUCACCAAAAAAUCCUCUGCUGGGAGUGUCGAUGCUAUCAAGAACUUGGAUCAUUUUCUAAUGCAGCUGGCGAGCAGUGUGGAUGUGACAAUUAUGCCCGGAGAGUUUGACCCUUCCAACUACACUUUGCCUCAACAACCUUUCCAUCCAUGUAUGUUACCUCAAUCGUCACGUUACAACACACUCCACUCUACCACAAACCCUUGUAACAUAACAGUCGGGGGGAUCAGGAUAAUGGGCACAUCUGGUCAAGCCAUAGAUGACAUACUGCGUUACAGUGAAAUUAAUAGCCCACUGGAAGCUCUGGAAAAAACUUUGAAAUGGGGUCAUAUGGCGCCAACAGCACCCGACACAUUGGGGUGUUAUCCAUUUGUCAAUGACGAUCCCUUUAUGAUCACUGACGAUUGUCCACAUAUAUAUUUUACUGGGAAUCAAGAAUCUUACAGCAGCAAAAUUUAUGAAGGACCAGCCGGCCAGGAAGUAUUGCUUCUGACCAUCCCACAAUUCUGUAAGACUGGCACAGCUGUUUUAGUGAAUUUAUCCAAUUUAAAAACUCAGCCUCUGGGUUUUUUCUCACACUUCCCUUCAAGUGAAACACCUUUAGAGAAUUAGAUUUAGUGUGAACAGUUUGAAAACUUUUUAUAUGUCCUUAGUUUAAUACUCCUUGACCUACAGGAUGCUCAAUGUACAUUUAGAAUUAAAUAAAUAGCAUCACAAGUUUUA